AUUUUAGUUACCACCUGCUCUCUCGAUCUCUCCUAUAUAUACAACUCAUCUAUUCGUUGAAUCUCUCACCACCAUGUCCGGCCUUGUAGCCGAGGUCCAAGGGCUCGUCACCGCCAACGACCACCUCACGGCGACGCUACAACAGCUGGAACAACAGCUCACCAGCAAGACCCAAGCUCAUUCGGAGAGCGUGAGGAAGAACCAGGCGUUGGAGGACAAGCUGGAGACUGAACGUAUCAAAGGGCUGAAAGUCAAGGAGAAGCUCGAGCUCGAAAUCAAGGGCUUGAAGGGGAAGCUGAAGGACAAGGAGGACAAGGUCAAGGUGCUGGAAAAGGAGGUCAAGGGGGUCAAAUCCAAGGCCGAGUUGGACGCGAGGAACAAGGUCGAAGGAGAGUUGAGCCUGCUCAAAACGGCACACGAGGAUCAACAACGGAGGUUGAUAGAGCAGUUCAAGGACACGUUGAAGAGGUUGGCAGUCGGAUGGACCCAGAGUUUGGAGAAGGACGUCGAGGUCGCGGAUAAACGGUUCGAGGCGAUGAUGGGGUCUUCGGAAACGAUGCAGGUGGAUGAAAAGGAACAGGAUGGUCAGCGAUUCGAUAGAGAAGAUAUCGACCCGGAUCUGAUGCACGAUCACCAUCGUCAUGUUGAAACCACUUUGAUCCAAACCCAGAGUCGAGCUGGAGCAGAAACCCCUACUCAAACUGAGACCCUGCCUGAUAGUCAGCCUUCCGGACCAUCACCAAUGAUACCCACAUCCACAUCAAACCGAACCUCGACGCAACGUCUAUCUCAACCCAUGCUUCCAGUCUUAUCUACGUCUGCACCAGCUGAAGAGGCGACAACGUCGGUCAGGUCUUCCCGCUCCCGAACGCCGUUGACCCCGCUGGAUCGGGGGGUCGAGAGGUCGUGUAUGGCCGAGUUCAGUGAGGGCGUUCGUAGAAAUGGGAAACCUGGAGGAUUGAAAUGUACGGGGGUUGAAUUGAUGGUUGAGAGCGUUGACGCACCAGAGAAAGGGGAUGAAGGUGAACAGGAGCAGAGCCUACAGCAGAAGGAUCGCGAAGAAGACCCAGAGGAAGAGCGAGACCGAGAAUCGGGACCGGCCAGACAAGAUUUCGUCCCUUCCGCUCCAGGGAGUACGGUGCAGAUCGGGGAAACCGGAACCGCGCAGCCCACUGUGAAUGAAGAGAUUGAGGAUAUCAAGCCGACUCUACCCCUACCUCUGGCUUCUGGAAGCUGGACUUUGGAGGUAGAAGUUCCGGUUGCUUCUUCCUCGAGGUCCCGAUCGUCCCAGGUCAUUGAAUCCAGGACCAGGGCUAGCACGGGUGUCAAUGCUGCUACCGGUAUCGAUCUUCCUUGUGGAGGAGGCAAUGAUAGCAGUCCUACAGCAGGUUUGGGUUUGGGAAGGUGCGCGAGCAGGUCGCUCAAGAGGAAAAGUGUUGGCAGACACGUCGCCUCAGAAGCGGAAGCGACCGAUCAGGUGGCAGAGGGAGACGGCGGCACGAUCAUGAUCGGACAGAGUGCAAGUAGUCCUGCUCGGCAGGAAGAUUCUGGAAAGGGGAAGAAGAGACGAGUAGAAAGAUUACAUCCGGAUGCGAGGGAGAAGUCUGCUCGAAUCCGUCAGUCUGCCAGCAGCAUUGUCGCAAAAAGCAGUCCCGCUACCACCGCUCCUAUGGUGACGACCCGUUCUGGUAGACGAAACACGCAUGCGCCAGUGGGUCAUCUUCCCAACCUACCCCGUCCCAGCCGAUCAGGAUCCCAUCCGAUCGAAGAGGAAAGUCCAACUCCGUUUAUCUCUUAUCGCCCCUCAGCGCGGCUGAGGUCGCAUGUGGCGGGAAACACGGGUCAGAUGAGGGAAUUUGGAUCGCGCGGUAAUGCAGGCCGGGGCCAUAGUUUAUUUGAAGAGGACGCGGACAAGAUAGGAGGAGAGGAUGUGAAGCCUGGCGAACCGAACGACACGGUUCAUACGCAACCGACAUCUAUAUCUGGAGGCGACACCUCCGAUACAACGACGGUGACGAUCUCGAUGGAUACGCCAGUGAUGAGUAUGCCAUCAGAUCCAAUCUCAACAGCAACGGUAGCGGAACAUAUGACCCCGACGCCACAGCCGAGAAGCAUAUCAAAACGGUCAAAACAUACCCCACUUAGUAGUACCAGCGCAAAGAAACGGGCCAGGAAUCGAAUACCAACGGUUCUGGGCCCGGUCACUAUACCAGUAUAUCUGGACGACGAGGAUGACGAUCCGCUAUCUCUGUGAUUUUUCUUAGCGUGGUCUGCGGCAUUCAUGUACCCGACCCUAUUCCACGAUCAAUGGAAUUCGUUGACGCGAUGACAUCGGCUGUGACCGUCUGCAGCUUCCAAUGCCAUUCGCCAUUGCCUUGGACCUUGUCAAUCGGGACCGAUACCUCGAUUGAGAUACCAUCGGUCCUGGUUCCGAGCUUGUCAUCAUUCAUCGCGGUCGGAACCGGUCCUGAGGAUAUCGGGCUGUGAAGUGAGGAGUCUCAUGUAUACCUUCACGAGACAUGGUUCCUUCACUUGUAUUUGUAUUGAACAUCAAGACACAGCUGAGCAGCAAUGUCCUUGUGUUCCUGGGACCCAGAUGAGUAUCUUCCUAUCACCUUUUUGAAGACCUCCCUGAUCGCAGGCAAGGUG